CUUCAUUGUUUUUCUUUCUUUGUUGAAGCUCAUUGGGAAGUUGAACCCAGUUCCUCCGAGAAUCCAUACAACACUCCAAUGCAGCGAUGGUGGUGAAGGGACUCAAGAGAUUGCUUCCUCUCAAUCCGCUGCUUCGGUCCUUCUCUCCGAUUUCCUCGGGAUUCAAUGGAUUGAGAGAACAUAGUGCAAUGGCUUUCAAAGGAGGGCCUUCGAUCCCUGGCAUCAAAGACAUCAUUGCUGUCGCUUCUGGCAAGGGUGGAGUUGGCAAGUCUACUACUGCAGUUAAUUUAGCUGUUGCUCUUGCUAAGGCGUGCCAACAGAAUGUGGGUUUAUUGGAUGCUGAUAUUUAUGGUCCAUCAAUUCCUACAAUGAUGAACAUCUUCAGAAAGCCGGAAGUGAGUGAAGAUUUGAAGAUGGUUCCACUCGAAAAUCAUGGGGUCAAAUGUAUGUCAAUGGGGUUUCUUGUUGACAAGGAUGCUCCUAUAGUAUGGAGAGGUCCCAUGGUCAUGAGUGCUCUGGAAAAAUUGACUAGGGGAGUCGCCUGGGGCAACCUUGAUAUUCUUGUCAUAGAUAUGCCUCCUGGUACUGGAGACGCUCAGCUAUCGAUUUCUCAAAGGCUGCAGUUAUCUGGUGCUUUGAUUGUUUCUACUCCGCAGGAUAUUGCUUUAAUUGAUGCUCAGAGAGGUGCCUUCAUGUUUCAUAAAGUUGACGUUCCUAUCUUAGGACUGAUUGAGAACAUGAGCUUCUUCAAGUGCCCAAAAUGUGGAGAGAAAUCUGACAUUUUUGGGCAUGGAGGAGCCAAGAGGACAGCUGACAAAAUGAAUCUGGAUUUCCUUGGUGAGAUACCUUUGGAAGUUCAAGUCAGGAGUUGCUCAGAUGAAGGCAGUCCAAUAGUUAUGUCAUCGCCUGAUUCCCUUGCUGCAAAAGCUUACAUUGACAUUGCUCAUAAAGUGGUCCACAGACUCAAAAAGUUGGCAAUACUUCGGCAAAUUGGUCCACAAAUCUCCUUGUGAAAAGUGCACUUACUUUUCUCUCGCAUGUCUGAUUAAG